CGCGCGCACACGUUUCGUUAGUUUUGACAAUCAGCGACUGGUUGAGAGAGAGAGAGAGAGCGAGAGAGAGAGCGAGAGAGAGAGAGUUGUAAGCAGCAACACAUUGAUGUGCACGGGGACCCGCCGGAAGAAGCAGCAGCUACAGCAGCGUUAGCGCGAGCCGGACCCGCAGCAGCAAAGACACCGGCGGAACGAGCGACGCCGAGGCGGCCAGCGGGGCGGAGAGGAGGUGGAGAAGGAGGAGGAGGAGGAGGCAUCUGCACCGCGACUCGUUCUCCCCCGCCGCCUCCGUCGUCUCUCCUUCUCUCGCGUCGCUCCCUCCCCUCACCCCUCGUUCCUCUCGGACCGCCGCCGCUUCCUCGUUAAGAUGGCUGACCCCAACAGCGACGGAGAGGUGCCGGAGAGCGCGCGCGGCUUCGCCCGUCAGGGGGCCCUGCGCCAGAAGAACGUGCACGAGGUGAAGAACCACAAGUUCAUCGCGCGCUUCUUCAAGCAGCCAACCUUCUGCAGCCACUGCACGGACUUCAUCUGGGGCUUUGGGAAGCAGGGAUUCCAGUGCCAAGUGUGCUGUUUUGUGGUCCACAAACGCUGUCAUGAGUUUGUCACCUUUUCCUGUCCGGGGGCCGACAAAGGACCUGCCUCUGAUGAUCCACGUAGUAAACACAAGUUCAGGGUCCACACUUACUCCAGCCCCACCUUCUGUGACCACUGCGGCUCCCUCCUCUACGGGCUGAUACACCAGGGCAUGAAAUGUGACCACUGUAUGAUGAACAUCCACAAACGAUGUGUGGCCAACGUCCCGAGCCUGUGUGGGACGGACCACACAGAAAGGAGAGGACGCAUUCACAUCUCUGCCCAGAUCAGUGAGGAAACCCUCACCGUCACCAUCAAAGAGGCUAAGAACCUGGUGCCCAUGGACCCCAACGGCCUGUCAGACCCCUACGUCAAGCUCAAGCUGAUCCCAGACCCCAAGAGUGAGAGCAAGCAGAAGACAAAGACCAUCAAAUGUUGCCUCAACCCCACCUGGAAUGAGACCUUCGUCUUCAAACUCAAAGAAAGUGACAAGGACCGCCGUCUCUCCGUGGAGAUCUGGGACUGGGAUUUGACCAGCAGGAACGACUUCAUGGGAUCGCUGUCCUUUGGGAUCUCGGAGCUGCAGAAGCUCGGGAUAGAUGGAUGGUAUAAGCUACUUUCCCAGGAGGAAGGAGAAUACUUUAAUGUCCCGGUGCAGCCAGAUGGAGAGGACGGUAAUGAGGACCUGCGAAUAAAGUUUGAGAAAGCAAGACUGGGUCCAGGGAAGCCCACAGACCCUUCUUCCUCGUCUUCUGUGUGCAAGUAUGACAGCAACGGCAAUCAGGACCGCGUCAAACUCACCGACUUCAACUUCAUCAUGGUCCUGGGAAAAGGCAGCUUCGGCAAGGUGAUGCUGGCUGAGAGGAAAGGCACAGACGAGCUGUACGCCAUCAAAAUCCUGAAAAAGGACGUGGUGAUCCAAGAUGAUGAUGUGGAGUGCACCAUGGUGGAGAAGAGAGUCCUCGCCCUGUCUGGGAAACCACCUUUUCUCACUCAGCUGCACUCGUGUUUCCAAACUAUGGACCGAUUGUAUUUCGUCAUGGAGUAUAUUAAUGGAGGAGACCUUAUGUACCAAAUCCAACAGGUCGGCAAGUUCAAGGAGCCUCAUGCUGUCUUUUAUGCUGCAGAGAUUGCCAUUGGUCUCUUCUUCCUUCACUCCAAAGGCAUCGUGUAUCGAGAUCUGAAGCUGGACAAUGUGAUGCUGGACGCUGAAGGCCACAUAAAGAUCGCAGACUUUGGCAUGUGUAAAGAGAACAUGUUCGAUGGCAUAACCACAAAGACUUUCUGCGGCACUCCGGACUACAUCGCCCCAGAGAUCAUAGCCUAUCAGCCGUACGGGAAGUCGGUGGACUGGUGGGCCUUUGGAGUACUGCUUUAUGAAAUGCUUGCCGGACAGCCGCCUUUUGAUGGUGAGGAUGAAGAUGAGCUGUUCCAGUCGAUCAUGGAGCAUCACGUCUCUUACCCUAAAUCCAUGUCCAAAGAAGCUGUCGCCAUCUGCAAAGGGUUGAUGACCAAACACCCAGGUAAGCGCCUGGGCUGUGGUCCCGAGGGCGAGAGAGACAUCAAGGAGCACGCCUUCUUCCGCUAUAUAGACUGGGAAAAGCUGGAGAGUAAAGAGGUCCAGCCGCCUUUCAAACCGAAAGCUUGUGGGCGUGAUGCGGAGAACUUUGAUCGCUUUUUCACGCGCCACCCCCCAGAGCUGACCCCCCCAGAUCAGGAGCUUAUAGCCAACCUGGACCAGGAAGAAUUCCACGGCUUCUCAUUUGUUAACCCUGAGUACUCUCACACAUCUCACUGACCAUGCCACAUAUCACUGGGCUGUAUUAGAAAUCCAGAACCCCCCCCCCCCCACACACCUCACAAGCAUAAUGUACAGGAAUAACUUAAGUAGAAAAAAAUCAUCAUGAUGUCAUAUCCAGGCUGCAUUGGGCAGGGUGAAAUGUUGAAGAAUAGCUGGGCGUUUUGGGGAGAUGCACUUAUUUGUGUUCUUUAUCAAAGUAGGUUGAGUAUAGCUGGUAUUAACUGUUUGUUGGGUAUGGAUUUAAAGCUAGGGAGUGAUUAGCUUAGCUUAGCAUAAAGCUCGGAAGUGUCCUGAAAUGACCAGUCCAAGCUAAUCUCAUGUUUUUCACUCCUCCAAAUAUCACUAUGUUCUAUCUCACUGUGAAUCAAGAAAAAAAAAAAAACAUUAGCAUCAUUUGUACUUGGGCUUUUGUGCUAAUUAGCUAAUACGCUAACUGAGAGCACUGUGGCUAAUAACAGGCUCAUAAAGCUGCUAACAUGGCUGCAGAUUAUUGAUCUCUGACACAUUAUUAAAUAUUUAGAUGAGAUUUAAACUAAAAAUUAUCUAUAUAUAAAAGAAAAUAGCUUCCUAACUAGCCAUGAUUAGUUAGCUCCAGUUCUCCAGACCCCGGUGAACUCUUCCCCUCCAGCCUUGUUGACGUCUCCAGGUAGUUAUUUCUGUUCCGACAAAAUAAAAAGUGAUAAUUAAUGUCCUAAUCUAAUCCCUGGGGAAGAAAUCAAACAAGCGCAUCUCCCUAAAUGCCAAAUGACACACUUCAUGUUCAUGUGUAAAUGCAGACACGUGCUCAAAUGAUAAAAAUCAAGCAAAUUAAUCAGACAUUCAUGUGACAAGGUGCCAGUAGGAGGCUGGUCUAGUUUCCAGCCGUGACACUGUUCUCGGUUUACUGUAGUUUAGCAUCGUCAUGUUACACUGCGGCUCUCGUAUCAGCUCCACUGGCUGGAUUUCUAUCAUUAGUGCAGAAUAUGUUGCUCGCUUCUGAAUGCUGCCCGGUCGCUGCUCAUGCCAGCAGGUUGAGGUCAGAGUCCUGAAGAGACCUGAACUUGCACUGUCUCCCUAUCACCCUCCCUGUAACUGCAUAUUGACUAAUGACUAUGACACCCCGUCAGUGAUAUUGAGUGUACUAUGAUGACAUGUUGGUAAUUCAUGCAGUGUAAGUGAAAACUGACCAAUUGCUUUGCUAUGAUUGUUUGAGUAGCUACUAAUCAGUUUCCUAAUGUUGACUUUACUUUUGUCUAUAGGACCAAAUACUUAUACACUUUCUGUUCAUCAGUGUCGUGGUGAGCUUUACUGCAUUUCUUUUUUUGUUUUUUUGUUUUUUGCCGAUUUCAUUUUCAACCAGUCAAAGAGUACAAAUAUUUACACAUGCAGUCUGCAAGAGUUUUAGUCUCUGUCAAGUCAGCGGAGGUCGACUCAAAGCUCAUUGCUCCAAAAACAAAAAAAACAAAAACAACAUUCUCCACAUUACACAUUGUUUUUAAUGACAGAGGGCAUAUCUCUUCUCUUGUAAACGCUGGUUUUUGGAGAAUUUUACAUAUGACGAAGCCGCUCAGAGUCCCGUGAAGCUGGUAGAUUGAUAGGCCUCAGACACAGGGCGUCCAAAAGUGCCAAAAUGUGGCCCCGAGUCACGAGGAUGUGGAAAGAGUAUUGUCCUCAAGAAACUGUGACGAAGGGCAGCCAUCUUGUGCCAUUUUGUAGUACAUGUAUUAUUAUUAUAAUAUGCAUUAUAGCUUAUCUGUUCACCAACAAAACAAUACAAUCGGAGAGUCGUUUUCAUAUAUGAAUUGUCUUGAGUUGUAUUAUACUUUUGUAACUGUGUAACAAUGCAGGGUAGUAACAAUGUGUCAAAUCUUGUUCUUUGAGCUCGUAUCAAAAAAGGAGAGGAGGCAGCAGGGCGACGUCAAAGACGUGUUUCUGUUUUAUGAAGACGCUCGCUGGAAAGAUGGUGGUUCUAAGGUGGGGCAAAAGUGAGCACUUACUGUGACGAUGGUGAUGAUGACAAAUGUCGAGAUAAGUGGUGAUACGGCAGAGGAAGAAUAUAUAAAUAUAUAUAUAUAUAUAUAUGAAAAAUAAAUAAAUAUAUAUGCACACAUCAAGUUCUAUAUCGGAGAGACAUUUGGAUAAACUGUUUCUGGAUGAGAGAGAUGCUUCUGUGGAUCGUGUAAUUGUCCUGUAUGACUGGAAACUGAUAAUAUACUCACUGGUGCCUACCAGACUA